CUUAAACAACAUAUGAAUAGAAAUCAAUUAAAUAAUAUCUCAUUAUACUAUAUAUACUAAUUUUUAUAAAUCCAUUAAAAUUAAGGCGUUGAAAGCAAUUAUUAUGGCCGUCUCCAAACGUAAACGUUCAGACGAGAAAGAAGAAUUACUAGAAAUUGGAGACGCUGUUAACGUAGUUGGCAGUAGUAAUAUCAAAGGAGAUGAAUUAAAUAUUGCAGUUUUAUUAUUUCUGUAUACUCUCCAAGGCAUUCCUUUGGGUCUAGCUGGAGCUGUGCCUAUGUUGCUACAAAAUAGAGGCAUAACAUAUACUCAACAGGCAGAGUUUAGCUUUGUUAAUUGGCCAUUCAGUGUAAAACUAUUAUGGGCACCUAUUGUAGAUGCCCUGUUCUGGCCUAAAUUCGGUAGACGUAAAACAUGGCUUGUUCCUGUACAGUAUUUAAUUGGGAUUGUGAUGAUAAUUAUGUCCGGGAGUGUAACAGAUUGGUUGGGAUCAGAAAGUCAAGCACCAUCAAUGAUGAUCCUUACAAUAUCAUUCUUAUUUCUCAAUUUUUUGGCUGCCACUCAAGAUAUUGCUGUUGAUGGCUGGGCCCUUACAAUGCUUAAAAGAUGUAAUGUUGGACAUGCAUCUACUUGCAAUACAGUUGGACAGACAGCUGGCUUCUUCCUUGGCUAUGUAUUGUUCUUAGCUCUCGAAUCUCCAUACUUUUGCAAUAAAUAUCUACGUGCAGAACCACUGGAUCAUGGUCUUGUCACACUGUCUAGCUUUCUAUUUUUUUGGGGCUGGAUGUUUAUAAUAACAACAACAUUCAUUGCAUUGUUAAAACACGAAGCAAAUGAUAUGGCCAAUACUAAAGAGAAUGAAGUAAAAGGCAUUAGUGAUAUAGUCAAUGCCUACAAACAACUAUAUACUAUUGUGAAAUUGCCAGCUGUCCGAACAUUGGCUUUGGUUUUAUUUACAGCCAAGCUUGGUUUCUGUGCUAGUGAUGCAGUCUCCGGAUUGAAGUUGGUUGAAGCUGGAGUACCACGUGAAGAUUUGGCUUUACUUGCAGUACCUUUAGUUCCCGUUCAAAUUAUAAUGCCUGUGAUCCUUGCGAAACACACCACUGGUCCGGUCCCACUGUCCCUGUGGCUCCGAGCCUUUCCUCUUCGGUUGCUAGUGGGGCCGCUGGCUGCGGCUCUAGUCGCUAUCACGCCGAGUCUACUUGGAAAUUCUGGUCCUACGUACUCCUAUCUGUUUAUUUUGAUGAUGUUAUAUGUUUUCCAUCAGACAUGUUUAUAUUGUAUGUUUGUGGCCGUAAUGGCAUUUUUUGCAAAAGUAUCGGAUCCGGCAGUCGGUGGGACCUACAUGACCUUACUAAACACUGUGUCCAAUCUUGGCACCAACUGGCCCAACACACUUGCACUUUGGGCCAUAGACCACUUAACUUUUAGGUCCUGUUCAUUAUCAGAACUAAGUGAUAAUACUUGUUCAACGAAAUUGGAAACAGAGCUUUGUAAAUCAAAAGGCGGCUCGUGCGACAUUAGAAUAGAUGGUUUCUACAUAGAGACUGUGAUUUGUCUAGUGCUUGGCUUCGUGUGGUUACAAUGGGGACGACCAACAAUCAACCGACUACAACGACUACCGGCGACCGCCUGGCAGAUUAGUAGGUUCGACAGAUAAGACUGAAAGGUAUACAUUACUUUUAAAUUGGAAUAUGCUAAUAUAAAAAAUACAGCGUCAAUGAAACCUUGCAGAUAGUUUAAUUUUCGCAAGAUAAUUCAGUAUACUUAGUUAUAUACAUUUGUAUAUUUAUGUAAAUAUGUAUAAAAUGAAACAAUUCUGAUAAACUUAUGAACCAUUCCAUGUUUUUCUCUCAGUUGAUUGUGUAGACAGUAAUAGAAAUAAGUGUGUGACUACUUUUGAUGAUUUGUCUUAUUAGAUACAGUCAUAUUAUGUGUUCUUAGACUAUAAAAAAAGAAGACGUCACAGUAUAUAUCAAUAAAAUUUAUAAAAAUACGUCAUCCGUGACUUUAUCCGUUUUUUUUUUUAAUAUAAAAUGUCUUAUGUCCGUCCUGGUUAUAUAAUCUAUUUUUAAAUAUUAUUAAGAUCCAUUAAUGACUGACCAUUAGUCAUGAAAAUGUAACAAACAGAACACUUUCUCAUUUAUAAUAUUAAUAAUAUGAAUAAUACAGUAUCAAUAAAAUCUCAGGUAGUAUAAUAUACUAUCACCUGGAGUUGUAUCGAAUAUUUUUUGCUACACGUUUCCUUUUUUUCUAUGGUCUUAGUAGAUGUGUGGUGUUGUGAGAUUUUGUUGAUUAAUAUUUAGUAUAGGUAAUCCGUAUAAUUUUAUUGUUUACAAUGUUGUGUUGUUUAUUAUGACUGAAUUAUAUUUUACGUAUGUUAUGGAGUACAAAUUUGUGUUUUUAUGUAAUAUAAUUUAUUUAUAAUUAUACACAUUUGUCAAAAAGCAGGGAAUAAGACAACAAUGUCAGAAUAAUUUCUUUAUGUACACAUCAAUAUUUUAAAUAUAUGUAUAAUUAAAUACACAACAAUGCCUUAGAAUUUUUCUAUAGACAUUUUAAUCCUGCUCUUAGUACACGAAUCUAAUUAUAUUUUUUAAAUAAACAUUCGUGUAUGUAUAAAUUACCAACAUUAACGACCUGUCAAAUACAUUUGCCAAUAUAUAUUUUGGAUAAUUAAAAGUAAUUAACAUUAUAAUACUUUAUAAAAACGGGAUAUGUACUGCUCACAGGACGAGUGGUCGACUAUGACCAGGACAUUCUUAACGGCGUUGAAAUAUCGGAAGGUAUAAAUAAUAUAAUAUUAUCAUGGUAAAUAUCCCGUUUAUAUAAUUUGAACAAUUUUAAACAACCAAAAUAUUAAACAAAUCUAAAUGAAGUAUUUGUAAAUUAGAUUUGAUUGGAAGAACAAUAAUUUAAAAGAACCAGUGUACAUGAACUGUUACGUUAAAACAAACUAGCUAUAAUAUGUUUGUGCUCAACAUUAAAGCUAUUAACAUAAAUAUAAUAAUAUCUUGUGACAUAAAUCUAAAUUAUGUAUUAUAUAAUAUUUUAUAAAUAUACAAUCAAUAUUUUAUCGAUCCCAAAUAUUGGUUUUAAUUACAUUUUUAAUGAAUUGUUGCUUUGGAGCUUUAGCGCUUUUGCUUCUUGGGAGAAUAGAGAGUCAAACCCCCAACAAAAGACAAACAAAGAAAG